GCCGCUGCCAGUUUUCACCUCCCUGCGCGGGGGGUCCUGCUCUGCCCGGCCGCGGAGGCGCCUGAUUGGCCAAGCCCGGGACGCUGUCGCCUAGCGGGGCUCCGCCCAGACGCUGGACAUGGCUGACUGACUGCUAAGAGACAGCGUGGGCCAGACAUGACCUCCGCUCUCAAGGCCCUGCCCAACAUCCACAGAGCCUGCAUGAUCCCAGCCUAUCGGGGACAAGUAUCUCACCCGCGCAGUAUGUCUCUCUGGGAGCACGGGCUGCACCUCUUCCGCAGCGCCGUGGGUGUCGUCCUGCCGGCCCCCAUGCUGAGAAGGGCCCUGGUGCUCAAAACAGAUGGCUGCCCCAGGCUGGUCGUGAGGGACCGGGUUUUCCCUGUGAGGAGGAACCUGUAUCUGGUGGGCUUCGGGAAGGCUGUGCUGGGAAUGGCAGCCGAGGCAGAGGAGAUCCUCGGGGACCACCUAAUUCAGGGGGUUGUCAGCGUCCCCCAUGGCAUUCGGGCAUGCCUGCAGCAGGCGGGAAUGGAGGAGAUGUUGCUGAAGCCUCACAGCAGGAUCCAGGUCAUAGAAGGAGCUAAGCACAACCUCCCUGACAGAGAGGCUCUGAGGGCAGCCAGCAUGAUUCGGGAGCUAGCUGAAGGCCUGACAGCUGACGACCUCCUCCUUGUGCUGAUCUCAGGAGGCGGAUCAGCCCUACUGCCUGCUCCUACUCCUCCGAUCCUCUUGGAGGAGAAAGAGAAGGUCACCAAGCUUCUGGCUUCCAGAGGCGCUACCAUACAGGAGCUCAACACCAUCCGGAAGGCCCUUUCCUUGUUGAAAGGUGGAGGGUUGGCCCGGGCUGCAUAUCCUGCACAGGUGCUAAGCCUCAUCCUCUCUGAUGUCAUUGGCAACCCAGUGGACAUUAUUGCGAGUGGCCCCACUGUCUACAGUUCCCCCAGUGCUCAAGGCUGCCUUCAGAUAAUGACAAAAUACAAUCUGAUGAGCACCUUGCCCAGAUCUGUGAAAACAGUGCUGUCCAGCUCCGUCUCAGAUCCCAGUGGUCCGAAAGACUAUUCCCACGUCUACAAUGUUGUCAUUGGUUCAAACAGUUUAGCUUUAGAGGGGGCCAAACGCCAAGCAGAGGAUUUGGGCUACUGGACCCUGAUUUUGAGUGCAGGGGUGUGUGGGGAGGUCAGCAGAGUAGCCAAACUCUACAGCCAGCUGAUUCAGUUUGUUUGCUUGAGCACAGCUGGACUUGGAGAAGGUCCUCUAAGAGACCAGGUGAGAGGACAUCUUCUAAAGCUGGCAGCAGAGCUAGAGAUCCCAGGUUUGAACCUUGUGGAUUCUUUGAAGGCUUUGCAAGGAUUGGAGUCUGAAAGAUCAAUUUGCCUGCUGGCUGGUGGAGAGACCACUGUCCAGCUUCAAGGAAAUGGGAAGGGUGGGAGGAACCAGGAGUUGGCCUUACAGGUGGCAUUGGAGUUACACCGAGCUAAGGCCACUGGGGCUGGCUACUUCCUUGGGAAAUGUGAAGUCCUGUUCCUCAGUGGUGGGACUGAUGGACAAGAUGGGCCAACAGAGGCAGCUGGUGCCUUCUCUAGCCAGGAGCUGGUGGAUAAGGCUGCUCAGGAAGGUCUUGAUGUGGAGACGUUUCUGAGCAACAAUGACUCCUACACAUUCUUCAGUAAGUUCCAAAAUGGACAUCACCUUUUGCUGACUGGUUUAACAGGCACCAAUGUCAUGGACAUCCAGGCUAUUUUAAUUAGGGCUAGAGACAGAUAAGGAGAGCACCUCUGCAAACUCCUGUUUUUAAUUAGAGGCAUUGGUGAAAAAUGAGGGUACCAAUGUUCUGGAGAAAUCCAGACUGCUUAAAUUAGGGACAGCUGGCGAGGGCACUAAUAUUGUGGCUGUAAAAGCUACAUUAGUAAGGCACAUGGGUGGGUAACCAUGACUAUGUUCAAUCUGUUAAUUAGGAUCAGAGUAAGGUAAGAUAACACCAGCAUUAUGGGCAUUGGGGCUGCAUUAACACCUUCCUGCUGAAGAGCCAGUAACAUACUGCAUUUUGGUUGCAAGUGGGGUUGUUGGACAUCUGACACCCAGCCUGAAGCUCUAGGAUGCCGUUGUGACUCUCAUUACAUACAAAGCUAACAAGGUAUAUUAGACUAGUCCAUAGGGCCCUAAAUCCAGUGCACUGGAAGUUCAGCGGAGAUUAGCACAUGGCGUCAGUUUAACCUUUGGUCUUGGAUACAGGGCGAAAACACCCCCAGCUGUGGCAUUAACACCAUGUUAGGUGAAGAACGGUGUGAACCAUGAUUCAGAUACACUAGUGCAGAAACCAUCUGAACGUGAGACCUUCUCCCCCACUAUGUAACCUUCUCUGCCCUGGUGUGGUGACAUUUCCACCUUGUGGUUGAUAUUUCGUGUGUGUGUGUUACAUGCAUUCAGAGUAUUACCACCAAACCGGUCAGAAAGCAAUACAGCCUCUAGCCUAAGUCAUUGACCUUUUUACUGUAUAAAGUCAGUAGUCGCUGUCGUUCUGAUUAACUCCUCUAACGCCAUAGAACAUCUAAAUUCAACUCUCCUGACCCCUAUUGCUGCACUGAUCAAAGGGCAAAGCAGCUGGGGCUGUUGCUCUGUCAAACAGCAGAUCCCUCCAGCCUUUGGGACAAUGCGGAACACCAGCUACUUCAGCUUUGUCAUAAAUUAAAAUCAGAUUCUGCCUUGCCAUGCUCAGCUCAGUUCCCAACGUGACACCUGAGGCCAGGUUUUCUAAGGGGCACAGCAGUCAACAUCUUCAUCUCUUAUGAAGAUCUGGCCGCUUACUGCGGUGCCUAAAUGGGAGCUGAGCUCACUUGAAAUUCCAGCCCUGAUUUAAAACAUUUGAUUCAAAGGGUUUGCAGAUGGAUGUAGCUGUGCCGUGUGGCUGAUCUAACUUUGCAACAUAAGUAUACCAUCCUAUUAAUGCCAUAAACAGUGAAAGCAUUGCACAGUCAUGCUUAGCAAGAUUCAAAGAGGGACUAGACAUUUAUAAUAACAAGAAUAUCCAAGAAUAGCUAAUGCUAAUAAUAUUUUUGGAGGGCAUAUAAAACUUCAUGCUUUUUGGUUUUAAGUCAAUCCCUAUGCAAUAGAGAUUAGGAUUGGAUCUACAUGUCUACUGAGGGAUUUCUUGCGCCUUCCUCUGAGGCAUCUGGGCACUGGUAACUAUCGGAGACAAGAUCCUGGACUAUAUGGAUCUUGAGUCUGAUUCAGUCUGGCAGAUCUUAUGUUCUGAUGUGUGAUCUUGUGAUUCAGGCAUAGAUUUGGGAACCAGACAAGCUAGAUCCUAUCCCAGCUCUGCUAACACUCCCAUAUAUAACCUUGGGCAAGUCACUAACAUUCUGAGGCUCAAUUUCUUCUAUAACAUGGGGGUGACCAUCUUUACCUACAUCCCAGGGGUUUUGUGAGGCUAAAUUUGCUAGUGGUUGCAAAGUUCUUUGAAACCCACUGCUGGAAGGUGCUAGAGACCUAUGACAUAUGAUAAACUGGAGGUAUGAAUACAAUGUCAGGGUGCAGACUGUGGAGGAAAGUUUGUUCUGGAGUGUGUGUGUUUGAAGGUUUCUCCGUGGAGUGGAGAAUGCCAUUUGAAUUUCCCUGUGUGUGUGGCGCCUACCAUAGUGGGACCCUCAUCUGAUUGGGUCCCUGUGCAUGACUGCAGUGAAAAUAGCAUGAAUAAAUGCAAAGGGAAAAUGAACGUGUUCAAAGAGCUUGUUUAUGGGGUGAGGACAAUUGGUUGGACAGCCAUGUUAGUUACUUAGCACCUAAUCCUGCUCUUUGUUAAACCAGUGUAAAUCUGGAGUCACUCUGGAAUCGUGUUGGGUUAACUACAAUGAGUGCAAAAUUUAGCCCUUAACCAUUUUGUUGCUGGCACUCUACUGCACCUGCUCUGCUGUUCUUGUCCAUUAUCAUUUAAUAGACAGCAGUGGAAGUUAGGCUGUGCCUGGUAGGUCUAACAUCCAGAUGGAGCACACCUACUCUGCUGCAUCUGAAAUGUUCAGCACCGUAGCCAGUGUAUAUGAGUUACGGGCCCCAUUUGGCAGCACAGCAGGUGCUUUCUGCCUGGAGGUACCUGGUACAUUCUGCAGUUGACCAGGUGCCUUCUACCUGAAGGGCCUUGGAAUGCUCAGCAGCCUACGUAUGUUCUACGCGGAUGUAGCUAGUACAUUUAGCAGCAUAACAGAUGUAUUAUAGAGGAGAUCUCUGAAACGUAUGGCAUCACGCGAGUGGUCAAAGGCACAGAAAAAUGUUUGAGGAUUUGUGCAAAAUAAAAAGCGGGGAGGCAAACCUCAGAGCAGGAAGGAAAAACAGUCUAGGCCGGAUCCUCAUCUGGUGUAGAUUGACACUGCUCCUCUGACAUCAAUGGAAUGAUUCUCAUUUACACCAGCUGAGAAUCUAACCCCGUAUUCCCGCCCUUGCACUCAGAGCCCUGGAAAAGAUGCCUUUUUUAACUGCCAAGCAUUGCUUGAGCCCUUGCAGAUGCUGAUCUGAGAUCAUUCGCAGUCGAGUUCUGAAAACUUUGGCUGGCAUUCACUCCUCAAGGGAACUCCCUGAGCUGCUGUUAACACACCAUACCACUCACAUCAGCCCUGCUUUUUUAAACAGGAGCGUUUCACUAAUGAUUAAAAUGAGCUCAUCUUGUGGAGGGGGAAGGCUGAUAAAAGGUCUGAUGAAAGCAUGCAGCUGUUUGAAGUACAUUUCACAUCUUCAUUCACUUGGCUUCCUUUCCCUUACACGUUGUUCAACUCAUCCCUUCUGUUUUAAUGAGGAAAAAGCAGGACGGGGGGCAUUGGUCAAGGACGGUGAGGUUAUAUUAGCAUUUUUACUCUUCAAGCUGUGUAGUCUAAGCUUCAUCUCUGAGCUAACCACAGUGAGUGGCUUGCACGUCUUCACCAUGCUGCCCUGUAAUGCAUACACCUGGGUUCCAAACCUGGCUGCGAUAGAACUGGAAAGAGAUGUGAUUUCUUCCUCCUAACUGUGUUUAGCAUAGAACUGCAGCUAUCUGUGUUAUAACUCAGAUUAUAAAAGCUAGGAGCAGAAGAUGGAAAAAUCUCCCUCUGGCUCUAAAGGCAUUCACCAGCAGCAGAAGACUCCAGCGGUAGCUUGCUCUCCAGGCCAGAUCCUGCUCUUACUCACAUCAACAUGAAUGUGGAGUCAUUGGGCUAGAUUCUCAUCUUCAUUAAGUCUGGGGCCACACCCACCUUAAGGCCAGAACAGUGUAAAGGGGUCUUAGUGGAUAUGAUAAUCUGGCUUGCUCUAUUUAAUUCAGUGGAGCUACUCUGCAUUUACACAAGUGUGACUAAGAGCAGAAUCUCUUUCUAACUGCAACUUGUGUAGCUAUCGGGCCAUCCCUGCAGUCCUGGGAGAUAAAUAUUCCCUGUGCUGAAAAGCAGCAUGGGAAAGGAGACUCAGGCUCCUGAGUUCUAAUCCUGGCUCUACCAGUAACAAGAUCAGAGGUAAGUUAUUUAACCUCUUGCUGCCUCAGCUUCUGAUUUGUAACAGGGGAAUAGUACUGACCUACCUCACAGGUUUGUUUCUGAAGAUUGAUUAGUUAAUGUUUUCAUCAUGCCUUGAGCCACAAAGUGGGAUGUAACUGCUAAGUACUGUUAUUACCUUCACCAAGUUCAAGAGAGGUUGGAGGUAUCUCAGAGGUGUGAUGGAUUGACCUUCAGAGCCUUGAAGGCAUCAUUGCUGUCUUGGCAGUAUAAUGAAUUUGUCUCCAUGAACUCUGAGGGGAGGGUUUUUUAUAGCUGGGUUUUGCCUACGUAAUCCUGGAGUGAUAUUAGAGCUACUUCAAUCUAGUCAGACAACUGCAAAGGCUGGAAUCUGUGUUUAUAAUCAUUUAUGAUGAUUUUAUUAUUAUAGUAACACCCAGGUUUCGAUGAUCUCCCCCCCCACACACACACACAUAAAAAGACAUGGUCCCUGCCCCAAGGAACUUACAGUGUAAGACAAGUGACAGAGAAUGGGGGAGAAAUUUACAAUAAAAUAUAUCUGUAUCUAUCGAUAUACACAUACACACACAUUAUUAUAUAUACAUUCUAUGCACAGAAAAGGUAACGGAUACUAGCCAUCUGCAAUAGAUCGAACUGCCCCUCACCCUGGGAUCUGGAAGAAGUGGGUCUUGAGGGGAGAGAUGCAGGUGGAGGCAUGAGGCUAGUGCCUUUAUGGAACUCCAGGGAAACGUGUAUACAGCAUAUGUAUGCAGAGCAGGCUCUAUGCAGCCAGGAACACUCCUAACCAUAAAGAAAGUCCAGAAGUGCAAGUGAGAAGGGAAACAAAGCAGGGGUAGGAAUAGGUACAACUGCUGGGAAGAUUUCAGUGGCUGUACAGUCCCCUCCUGCCUGUAAGGAGGCCAAGGGGGAGAGGAUUGGCAGACACAGCAGCUGGCCACAUGCUUUCUGAGGGCCCAGCUCACUUCUGUAAAUGGAACACUUGUGGCCAAACAGUGAUAAUGUUCGGGAUAAGUAACCACAUUAUUAACAGGGGAAGCUUUUGGCAGUAAAUUAAAAAUCUUGGCUCCUGGCCUUGGCAUUGCUCAUGCCUCUUAGGAGACAUUAAUAUCCCAGCUCCCCAGCGUUCCCAUUCUCACUUCAUUAAGGAGCCGAUAAUGAUACAUGUUGAUGGGUUUUAUUCUGCGUGGAAGCUGAUUAAUGGCUAAUAUUUCACAAGGUGUUAAUGGGGUCCUUCCUUUAUGAAGUGAGCAAAAGGGGUCCGCCUUUAAUCUCUUCCACAAGCUGUGUAAUUUUACCCAUUUUCACUACUGUGACAGAUUUUACACAGACCUUUAAAGAGCCACGGAAGCCUUUUGAGAAACUUUGGAAAACAGUGUUUAGAGGUAAUCCUGCACAGGCAUCAUAGUCUGGAUCUCUUUCCCUUUGUUCUGGAGCCCUAGAAACAUUUGAUUAGCUGGAACUCUGUUUUUUAAAGCCCUGUCUACAAUGCAGGUACAACUGUCUUUAUGUAACAAG